AAUUUAGUGGGCGUGACAUAAAUCUGGGUCAUCAUGGCUGCUGCACUCAGGGCUGUGAGGUUGGAGGUCGUUCAAGAUGGUAUUGCACUCAUCAGGAUGAUAAAUGGAGACAAUAAAUGGAACAUGCCAUUUUUGAAUGAAUUUGGGAAAGCGCUAGACGAAGUAGAAAGAAAUGAAGACAUCCGAUGUGUGAUCUUCACUGGUCAAGAAAAGUUCUUUAGCUAUGGACUGGACCUACCGUGGAUUGCUCGACAAACCAAGGAAACAAAUAAAAGAUUUCUCUUUGAAAACGAUGCCAUCAUAGACAGGGUUGCAUUAUUUCCCAUGCCAACCAUUGCAGCUAUGAAUGGUCAUGCCUUUGGAAUGGGUGCCAUCCUUGCAUUGGCUUGUGAUUACAGGGUGAUGAGGAAAGGGCGUGGCUGGUUCUGUCUUCCGGAGACCAAAAUUAAGCUGACGUUUUCUCCUAUCACCCUGGAAUUGAUCAGACUAAAGUUACACAGAGUACAGACUUUGCGGGAUGCAGCUAUAUUCAGCAAACGGUACACAGCUGAAGAAGCUUUGAGAGCAGACAUAAUAGAUGAGGCAGUGGAUGAGAAUCAAGUCAUGGAGGCAGCUAUUCGCUAUGGUAACGAGAUAGCAGGUGAGAUACUGGACAGAGGUUGUGUGUCGGCCGCAAAGGACAAGCUAUAUGGUGUCCCUAUUAGGGCUAAAAGAGAUGCACAGCUUCAGAGUAUGACGGAGAAAGACAAGAAUGAUAGGAUCGAAGGAUUCAUACGAGGGGCUCAAUUCCUCGCAUCUAAAAUGUAAAAUCAUUCAAAACAGGUGCCAAAUCAUUUUAAAUUGACUCGUAUUUUUGAUAGUAAUUAUAUGACUUUAUUCUUAAGAAGUGUUCAAGAAAGACAUUCCAAUACCUGAUGGUGGUGAUUAUGAUGAUAAAGGUUAAAUUGUAUAAUUUCCAAGAUACAAGAUUCUUACGUUAUCAAGGACACCCAAAAGCAGAUGAAUUAGUGCAAUCAUCCCUUGCACAAGCACAUUGAUUUUUAAAACAAAUAUUGAUGUGGGGAAAAUGUACUACUUAAAUUUUGUAUUAUUGUUUCUGAAAAUUUAAAUGUAGAGGUUUCAUGUGAAGCAUGUGCUUUAGAAGGAGAGAUUAAAGGAGUUUCGUUUGUAACCUCAGACUACCUCAGAGUAUUCCCAUUUUGUAGAGUAAAAUGGACUGGUAUGGGCAUCUUAUGGGCAGGGUAUUGGCAUACUAUAGCAUAUUUCCUAUAAUACUCAAUAUUCUAGUGCUCAUUUUAAUACCAAGAGCAAGCUCCGUCUGUAUAACAUUUGGACAGAAUGCUCCACCGCCAUAUAAAGGGUACUUCAUCAUUUGUUUAGUGGAGGAUGAUUAUAGAAGGCAUGAUCGGCUAGAACUGGAUAAGAACCAGGGAAUGCAUUAUAUAUUCGUUCAUUGAUUACUAGCUACUUUUGGUACUAUUUUUUGUGGUAGUCUCUUCUCAUGACUUAUGUACUAUUCUUCGUUAUGGGUGUAUCUAAAGUACAAGGGAUUUUAUAUACAAGUAUUCUGAGUAACCUUUGCUAUGUAUUUUACUCAUCUUAAGAAAACGGUUUAAUGUGUAUGGAAAAUCAUGUCGAAGUAUUGAAAUUUUGACCAUGUUGGUCUUUUACAUCAGUAACGAGAGAUUAUUUGAUUCAACAUGCUAUUUCUCAAAAUUACAGGAAUUUCAACUUUUACCAAGUUAGACUGUAAGUUAUACCCUUGCAGAUGUAUUUAGAAAAUGCAAAUGAAGUGAACUUAUUUUGCUCUUUUGACUUUUUUAUCAACUCUAUGCAUUAAUUGCCUGCAAAGGUGACCCAAAGUUUAUUCAGCAAUCAGGGUGGAGUCAUACUGGAGUGUUUAUUUUGUCUGUACUUUUAUAACCCU